AUGUUUCUACAACUACAGAUGCACGACACGGGUCGUAACUCAAAGACAGCAAUCGAGAUUAAAUCAGAGAAACAAAAGAAAUCUGAGUUAUUAUCCAAAAUUGAUCAAUUAGAAAUUAAGGCAACGGUCCUUUCAAAGGAAAGAGCUACUCAACUGUACCAUCGUAAAGGGCAAUUUCGAGAAGAAUUUCAAGUAUUUGAAGAAUUGGAUCUCAAAUUUGAACAUGAUCGAAAGAUUGAAAGGAAUCAGAUUAAACAGCAGUUGCAUAGACUCAGACUGCUAGUUGAGAAAUUUCAAAACAACUUAAUGGAGAUAAAACCGUCUCCAGCUUUUAUUGAAAAAUUGCGAGAAUCAAUGGAAGAGAUUGAAAACGCUAUAAACAAUUUUAAAGCAAAACAACGUGAUAGCUAUGAAGAGUUACUGAAAGAAGAAAAAAUAACUGCCAAUGAAAUCUUAGCGAUAGAAAAUAAAAUUGACUCUUGGGCAAAAGGUCCCAUGUUGCCAACUAUCGGCAACGGAAGUACAAGCAAAGUCGUUACAUCAAAUGAAGCUUCGGUUCCAGAAGAGAUUUCAACAUUUGAGAAAUUUCUGGUACGAAAUGGCGGACAUCGCGGAGGCUGGGACGAAUAUGAUCACAGUAUUUUUAUCAGAUUAAGGAAGAAAUUUAAGGUUCACCAAGAAUUUCUAGAAGAAGCAUUGAGUCAAAUUCCUGGUAAAUCGAUGGAAGAAAUACAACAUCAUGAACAGUGGUAUAGUGAAUAUGCUAAACUUUUAGAAAAUAAGAAAAUUGCUAUUGAGAAAUGGAAAAAAGCCAAGGAUGAAGAAAAAAUCGAAAUAACAACAAAAAUUGAUAUGGAGACAAAAUCUUUAGCCGAGAAAGAAAAAGCUAAACAAACAGCACUAGCUAAGAAACUACAAGAAGAGAAGCAAGAACGUUCGGAAAAGCUUCGUAAUUGGAAAGUGAAGAAAGACCUUGAAAAAGCCCUGGAAGAAGAGAGAAAAGCUAAAGAAAAUAUGGAAAAGAUGGAAGAACACAGGAAAGAAAGGAAAAAACAGCUACAAGCUAAGGAGCAAGUUAGAAAAAUGCGGCAGCAACGUGAAGCAGAAAAAAUGGAAAUUCGGUUACUCGAAGAAGCAAUGCGAUCUAAGGAAAAAGAAAGUCGCAAACUAACUGAAGACGAUAUUGAAAGAAUUCGAGAUAGGGAUCAAAAAAUUUUAGAGAUCCGCCAACAUCGGCUGAAAACGAAAGAGCUUGAUGAAAUAGAAAAAAUUAAAAGGUUGAAUAAGAUUAAAAGCCAGGUCGACGUCCACGCAACUAGAGACCCGAAGCGACUCUUUAAGCUAACGAGUGCUUUGCAUCACCGAUUGGUCGAUAAAGAAGUUCAUACUACCGGAGGAAAUCAAGCAAUACCACAUAGAGCUAUUCCUUCUUGGCGUAGUGGAAUUAACUGA